GAGCUCUUAAUGCUCGUGGCUUCCGUCCAUUCGGAAAGGGAAGGAACUGCGGCAGACGAAUCCAACCAUCGUCGCCGAGCUCGAGAGAUCCCCCCUUCUUCUCCUCUUCGAUUCUCACUAGCAGUGGCAGGAUUAGGGUUUCCUCUCCUGGGAGUUCUGUGAUUGGGAGGGCGAGAGUCGGUGACCCGGGAAAUGGCACAAGCGGUAGAGGAUUGGUACAAGCAGAUGCCCAUCAUCACGCGGUCGUACAUCACCGCCGCGGUAGUCACCACCAUCGGGUGCUCACUCGAGAUCAUAUCGCCUCAUAAUUUGUAUCUGAAUUCUACCCGCAUAGUUGAGCAGUAUGAGAUAUGGCGUCUUGUCACAAAUUUUUUCUUCUUCCGGAAAAUGGAUUUGGAUUUUCUAUUUCACAUGUUCUUUCUUGCUCGAUACUGCAAACUUCUUGAAGAGAACUCUUUCAGAGGCAAGACAGCAGAUUUCUUCUACAUGCUGCUGUUUGGCGCAACUGUUUUAACUGGGAUUGUUCUCAUCGGAGGAAUGAUACCAUACUUGUCUCAGACCUUUGGAAAUAUUUUGUUUCUCAGUAAUUCAUUAACGUUCAUGAUGGUUUAUGUUUGGAGCAAGCAUAAUCCUUUUAUUCACAUGAGUUUCUUGGGUAUCUUCACCUUCACGGCUGCUUAUUUACCAUGGGUUUUACUUGGCUUCUCUAUUCUCGUUGGCAGCAGUACGUGGGUUGAUGUCCUGGGUAUGAUUGCUGGCCAUACCUAUUACUUCCUGGAGGAUGUUUAUCCAAAAAUGUCCGGACGCCGCCCCUUAAAAACUCCGUCAUUCAUCAAAGCAUUGUUCGCUGAUGACCCAGUCAUGGUGGUUCAGCAAGGAAAUGCAAGGUUUGCACCACAAGUUCAUCAAGAUUAACACGGAGGAGUACCACCAUAGACGAUUGAAUGGUACCUCUGUUGCUGAUCCAGUGAAAGGCAGUCACCACAAAAUAAAAUAAAAAUUGCGCGUAUAUCAUUCUACCAACUUCCUGCUUAGAAGCAUACCCAUCAACCACAAAUGAAUUCAUAAUUGUGUUAUUCAAUUUCAGGAGUACUAGACUAUGAAUCCCGCACCCGUUGCCUGUCGAAGGAGCUUUAUGACAGUGUUAGUGUUUUGUCUAAUUUGAAGGUUCUUGCUGUUUUUGGAGGAAUACAAACCUAGGUUUGUAAAUGAAGUGGAAUGGAAUAUGUUGAAUGUGUAAAAAUUCUUGGCGAUGUUGCAAUAAUUCGUUUUCAA